AUGAUGGGAUUCCUGAGCAGGAAGAAGGACAAGGCUCCUGGAGACGAUGCCUCUGUCACGAAAAAGACAAAGAAGGCAAAGAAAGGCCAGCAGGAGGAAGACGUCACCCCAGACUUUGACUUGGGGUCAGCGCUACCCAAGGCCGACGAUUUUCGCACAAGCUUGAUCUUGCCUGGCCUGUCCACGCGCUUCAGCAUGCUCAGAGAGCAGGACGAUCCACUUUCCAAGAUUGGCAAAGCAAGUGACGACAGCGUACUUGCACCAAAACGGCAAUCUCGACUCCACGAAUUUGGCUUCGCCCCAGGUGGGCUUUCUGACAUCGCCGAGGUGUCGUCGCUUAGCGGUUCCCUUCGACCACCCUUUGCCGCUGAGCGGACGACUUCUUUCGACAGCGACAGGACGGGGGAUGACGCAGGCAACAUGAUGAGCCGGGCUAGGCCUGGUGAGGGCAAUGUGUUGUUUGGUGGCCGUCAGAAAAUCUACAUGAUCUCCAACAACAGCAGCUCCAAGGGUCCGGGCCGAACACUGUAUGACGAUGAUGUGAACAUGUCUGCCUACCAGCGUUUACGUGCCGAGGAGAAGGAGAGGCUGAGACAAGACGCCGAAUCGCUCAAUGACGAACACUCGGAACCGUCGAGUCCAACAGCACGCAGUCAGAAAAGGGAAACCUCGUCUUCCACCAACUCGGGUCCGGAGAACACCCGCACUUCAACCGCCGCUACGUCGAUAGCAUCCCAAGGCGCCAACGACGUUCCUGUAACCUCGCCAGUCCUCCCGCCGUCCGCAGGUCCCUUCCCAGCAGCUGACUUGAACCGUUCAACGACCAAGGCCCGGAGGCUCUACGAUCAAGGACUCGAUCAGCACAUUCAGGAUCAACAGUCUUCAGCCAUGAACCGACUCAACUCUCUACAGCGAGCACGAGCGCCCACGGGACGGUCAACCCCGCCGAUUCCACUCGCUCAGACACGGUCUGCAACCAGUCUGAAUGACCGAUUCUACCGCGGUCCCAUGUUCCGUUCCGACAGUCCGAACCCACUGGGCCAUCCUAGUGUCAUGCGCAACAACUCUCAGUUGUCCAGCGGCGGCUCUAGUCCCGUCGUACCUCACUCACAAUCGCCUCCGCCAACGAGCCCAGUGAUCAGCGAUCACGAGGAGAACCCGGCCCUCACGGCUGCUCUCCAGCAGGCUGACCGUGGUAAAGCGACUGCAAUGGGUGCAUUCAACAAGCCCAAAGAGGCUUUCAGCGAGCAACAGUAUGCCGAGCGUCUACGUCGCAUGCAGAUGGAGCGAGAGCUACCACGAGAAGUGCCUGGUUUCCCAGCACCUGUCCUGGAGCCUGUGUCCAAGGUGGAGAAGUCGCCACCCCGGAAACCAACUCUCAGAGAGCGUGCAGAGCAGGAGAGACGAAAGCGAGCUGAAAGCACAGGACGACAGAGGUCAGAGUCGUCUGCUGCAUCUUCCACCGAGCCGGGUCAGGCCACAGCAGGUAUCUCUGUCUUUCAGGCGGCCGCGAACCGAAUGAAGGCGGCCGCUAAUGCUGCACAUGUCCAGUCAUCCACUGAGCCUGAACAGCUUGGUCAACAGCAGAAGUCGCCUAGCGAGCAAACGGGUGCUACCUUCUUCACUGCGCAGGAUUCCAGUGAUGACGAGGAGCCAGCUCUGACAAGGCCCACUACUGCUCGUGCUGUGGAACCCGCUCGUCGUUUCGAGAACCUGCCAAUAGCCACUGGCCCAGCCCCCUCGAUCUUUGAGCAUCCUGCUAUGCGAUCUCGGAACGUGUCAGAAGAACGUGUUCUCAAAGCCUCCUCUCUCUCCCACAGUCCCAUGCAGCCUCAGGACCUUUCUCCCAGACCUGAUCAGGUGGCAGACAGAGAGGUGGAUUCUCCCACACUGGGACCCAACAACGGCGGGCUUAGUGGUCUGAUCCGUCAACAUCUGCGCAGUGAAAGUAAUGUGUCUUCCAACUAUGGUGAGACUGACCAACACAGGGCAGUACCCGCAGCACAUGCACCAGUCGGUCUUGCCAUCCAAACUCACGACAUUGGUCUACAGCCUCGACAGCCUGGUUCUGAUUCGACUACACCGGCUCCCUCCAAUUAUAGUCAUUCUAACCCCUGGGAUCUGGACGAUCUCGAUAACCCUUACCGUAACGAGCGUGGCAGCUUCAGCUCAGGCAGUCCCGUCGACGGACAGAGAGUGCAACCUAAUCACGAUGCAAGUCUCGGUCAGCAGUGGGAUUCCAGGCGAAACCAUGAGCGCAUUGCUAGUAACGAGACGGAAGCGGAGCAUGAAGCAUUCCAGCGUGAUCUCGCACAGCGCCAGCGCCUCAUCCAAGAGAACCUCCGCGCUCGGGCCGAAGGCCGUUCCACAAGUCCAGCACCCGGAUCGUCUGGGGGCCUGAAGAACGCUCUGAACAUGCUCCGCGCCAAGUCGAGUCGUGAAUCGUUUGCUGUUGUUGAGAGAGAUAUGCCUCAUAAGGGAUUGAAGAAGAUGACCCUAGGAAACGGGUCGGCCAACAUGUCCACCACUUCGCUGGUCGGUUCCUACAUUGGCGAGCACUGGAAGCCUGAGAUGCCAUCGCUGAAGACAAAGUCCUCCCGCUUGGGACAGCAGAGCGAACAAGACUCGCAGCGCGAUGUGGAGAGCCGGCAACGCUCUGGCACUGAGAACAGCCGCACGGGACGAUCGUUGGGACGAUCGCCUUCUAUGACAAGCAGAAGUUCCACCCGAGAGCGUUCUGGUUCUGGUACCUCCUCUGGCCGCUCACGGAGCCGUGCUGGUCAACAUCGCGACGACUUUGACAACGCUUAUCCUUUGCCUACUGACAGGCCCUCCGUCGACAGCCAAGGACGCACACGAUCACGGAGCAACAGUUACUUCGAGUCGAAGCACUUGCAUCCGAUCCAGACAAACACCCCGCACCCGCCGCUCCCUGUUCCGUCUGGCAUCCCUCAGCCAAAACACGCACCCGGCAUACCUAUCUCACCAAGACCUUCGCCUGGUGGCUACAACAGCCCAAGCACGACAGCUUACCAACCUCAAGCUUCACAGGUACCUCCUUUCUCUGCCGACCACACUCCUCCUGCCUCGAACCCUACGACACCGAAUUCAGCUGCUUUCAACGCCAGUGCUGUUCACCCGCUCAUCAGACAGGGAAUGUUACGCAAGAAGUCAAUUGCUAAGUCUGAGAUCUCAGAGCCCGUUUUCCUGUCGACCACAUCUGUAAUUGACACGGUCAACCUUCCGGCUGGAGCGUCGUUGAAGAACGGUUCCGAGCCCUUUAUGCCACCGCCUGUCCCACCCAUCAACCCGAUGAGGCGUCGUUUUGGAUUCGGUCGCUCUGACAGCGAGACAUCCUCUGAUGGACCAACGAAUCACCCAGACAUGGAGACUCCACGAGCGCCUUACGCCGAGUCAGUGCGAACAAACCCAUCUGACGUAUCAAGCCAGAUUCCACAAGCUAGGAAUCGACUCAGGAAGCGUUCGAGCGAAAGCAGGAGCCUUCACGGUGUGGCUCAAGGUCAGACUGGGGCUGUUCCGGCCAUGCCUCCCACAAGCUUCCUAGGACGCAACAAUUCCGCCCCUCGACCCAUCAACGAACAGCCUAUCGCUCAGCAGAACAUGAACGGUGCUAUGUUUUAG